AAACACAAGCAGCCUCCAUCUUAGGCUGGAAUAAAUAGCGCUGCGUUCACUGGCUCCCUGCAGACUUCAGCACAGUCCAAGCAAGAGAUCAAGUGCCUGUUUCAUCGGCGGGACAAGAAACAAAUACAAUCACCAAGAUGACCCACCAGUAUCCAUCGCUUUCUCCAGACCAGAAGAAGGAGCUGGCCACUAUCGCCCAACGUAUCGUGGCUCCUGGAAAGGGUAUCCUGGCUGCAGAUGAGUCCACAGGCACCAUGGCAAAGCGUCUGCAGAAGAUCAACGUCGAGAACACGGAGGAGAACCGCCGCUUCUUCCGAGACCUCCUGUUCUCCGUUGAUCCCUCCAUUUCUCAGAGCAUAGGAGGAGUCAUUUUCUUCCACGAGACACUGUAUCAGAAAUCAGACAAGGGCAUUCCUUUCCCCCAGCUCAUCAAGGAGAAGGGAAUUGUGGUUGGAAUUAAGGUUGACAAAGGCACAGCAGGGCUGAAUGGAACAGAUGGCGAGACGACCACACAGGGGCUGGACGGCCUGGGCGAACGCUGUGCUCAGUACAAGAAGGAUGGGUGUGACUUUGCUAAGUGGCGCUGUGUGCUGAAGAUCUCCGACGGCUGCCCUUCUGCUCUUGCUAUUGCUGAAAACGCCAAUGUACUAGCCAGAUACGCUAGUAUCUGCCAACAGAACGGCUUGGUGCCUGUUGUCGAGCCUGAGAUUCUCCCAGAUGGCGAUCAUGAUCUCCAGCGCUGCCAGUACGUCACGGAGAAGGUCCUUGCCGCUGUCUAUAAGGCUCUAUCUGACCACCAUGUGUAUCUGGAGGGUACGCUGCUCAAGCCGAACAUGGUCACAGCCGGACACUCCUGCUCCAAGAAGUACACCCCACAGGAGGUUGCCAUGGCAACAGUCAGCGCCCUCAGACGCACCGUCCCGGCCGCUGUUCCAGGCAUCUGCUUCCUGUCAGGAGGUCAAAGUGAAGAGGAAGCUUCACUCAAUCUCAAUGCCAUUAACCUGACUCCACUGCACAGGCCCUGGAAGCUGAGUUUCUCCUACGGACGCGCUCUCCAGGCCUCGGCGCUCGCAGCGUGGAAGGGUAAAGCAGAGAACAGGAAGGCUGCACAGGAGGCUUUCUGCACUCGUGCUAAGAUUAACGGUCUGGCAUCUAAAGGCGAGUACAAACCAACAGGCCAGACUGACCAGGCUGCCACACAGUCCCUCUACACUGCCAGCUAUGUCUACUAGACCAAACACCCCACCAUUAAUGCCAACUUUUCCUGGACCACACAAAACUGUGAAUACAAAGUGACCAAAAACUGUUCAAGAUAACAGUACGAUUUAUAAAUGUAGAUAUUCUGCCUGUGCAGAAUCCUAAUCUGCAAUCUCAUGACCAAAAUCACCAAAUAUUUUUUAUAAAGAUUUCAUCUUAAAUAAAGAAAAACAUGGACUAA